AUGCCGAGGGACCGCCCCAAACCCUGGGGUGACCCCAUCACCGCGCGUGUCCCUGCAGUCUCGGUGAUGCACGUCGAGGGGGUGCGUGAGGGACACCGGUCGGAAGGUCUACGCAAGUAUGGUGCCGCCUUCCCUGAGCAGCACUGCUUCACCCUCGUCUUCAAGGGCAAGCGCAAGAACCUCGACCUGGCCGCGCGGGGUGAGGAGGACGCCCGCCACUGGGUGCAAGGGCUCACCAAGCUGAUGGUGCGGCUGCAAGCCAUGAGUCAGACGGAGAAGCUCGACCACUGGAUCCACGGGGUCCUGCAGCGAGCAGACAGGAACAAGGACAACAAGAUGUCCUUCCGGGAGGUGAAGAGCAUGCUGAGGAUGAUCAACAUCGACAUGGAUGAUGUCUACGCCUACAAGCUCUUCAAGGAGUGCGACCGCUCGGGUGACGAGCGGCUGGAGGGCCGGGAGCUGGAGGAGUUUUGCCGACGGCUGCUGCGGAGGCCAGAGCUGGAGGAGCUUUUUGGGCGUUACUCGGGUGAGGACCGUGUCCUGUCGGCCGAGGAGCUGCAGGAUUUCCUACGGGAUCAGGGCGAGGACGCCAGCCUGCGCCAGGCCCGUGCCGUCAUCCGCACCUACGAGCUCAACGAGAAGGCCAGGCAGCAGGACCUGAUGAUGCUGGAUGGCUUCAUGAUGUACCUCCUCUCGGCUGCCGGUGACAUCCUCAACCAGGAGCACACCAAGGUGCACCAGGACAUGAACCAGCCCCUGUGCCACUACUUCAUCUCCUCCUCCCACAACACCUACCUGACCCGCAACCAGAUCGGUGGCACCAGCAGCACCGAAGCCUACGUCAGGGCACUGAUGGCGGGAUGCCGUUGCGUGGAGCUGGACUGCUGGGAGGGUUCCGAUGGGGAACCUGUUGUCUACCAUGGCCACACGCUCACCUCCAAAAUCCUCUUCCGCGAUGUCAUUGAGAGCAUCCGUGACUAUGCCUUCAAGCAAUCGCCAUACCCCGUCAUCCUGUCCCUGGAGAACCACUGUGGGCUGGAGCAGCAGGCCACCAUGGCCCAGCACAUGAAGGCCAUUUUGGGGGACAUGCUGCUGACACAGCCGCUGGAGGGGCAGGAGCCCCACGACCUCCCCUCCCCAGAGCAGCUGAAGGGGAAGGUCCUGGUGAAGGGCAAGAAGCUGCCAGAGCCAUGGCAUGAGCCCCAGGGUGUCACCUCCCUUCCGGAUCCUGAGGAGGAUGAACAGGAGGAGGAGGAAGAGGAGAAGCUGCAGGAGAGAAGCAGCCGGCAGGACGCAUCACAGGUGGCCCCGGAGCUGUCAGCCGUGGUGGUGUACUGCCAAGCUGUCCCCUUCCCCGGCCUGGCCCACGCCCUGCGCAACCCCCGGCCCUGCGAGAUGUCCUCCUUCAGCGAGAGGAAGGCUCGGAAGCUCAUCAAGGAGGCGGGUCCGGCGCUCGUCCGGUACAACGCCCGGCAGCUCAGCCGCGUCUACCCGCUGGGGCUGAAGAUGAACUCCUCCAACUACAACCCCCAGGAGAUGUGGAACGCCGGCUGCCAGCUGGUGGCCCUCAACUUCCAGACGCCAGGCUACGAGAUGGACCUGAACACUGGGCGCUUCCUGGGCAAUGGGUGCUGUGGCUAAGUGCUGAAGCCCCCCCGCCUGCGAACCCCCGGCUGGUGCUGCAUGUCAGGGUGAGGGCACCCUGCUCCCCCCGGCCCCACGCCCGGCACCCUCUGUCCCCAGGUGAUCACGGCGCAGCAGCUGCCCAAGCUGAACAGGGAGAAGGGGAGCUCCAUCGUGGACCCCUUCGUGCGGGUGGAGAUCCACGGCGUCCCGGCUGACUGCAGCAAGCAGCAGACCCACCACAAGCUCAACAAUGGUGAGCACCCGCUGGGCCACCACG